GUUAAAGAUAGAUUCCAGGAUGACUUCUAAUGUGUAGCUCUGCCUAAACGCUUCAAAUCGAUACUGUGUCAGCAAACAUAUUGUAAAUAUAAAUAAUACUCAUUAAUCAUAUAUUUAACGCGUAUAGAUAGGUCCAAUCUAACAAAACAAAAUGCAAUGAUAUACCAGGUUAUUACGUCAGGCAGCGUGUCCCGCAGAUUACAGUUACUCUAAACUAUUCUAACAGACUUCGGAAAACAACAUUCUCAAUUAUAGGAAUAAAAAUAGUAAAAUAAUUGCUGUUCAAAAAUGUAGAAUAAAGUAACAUCGAUUCCAGAGGGAGGCCCGUCUGUAUUAUGACAAGUCCUCACUUUGCAUUCCAAUAUCAGGAAUGAAAACACGUAUAACAACCUAAUUGUCACACAGCGGUAUGUAAGUUUUUGAAAGGAACAUAUAGCAACUAAGAACUGACGAAAUGAGUCUGUUUGACAGUGAGGCUGCACCAAAGGUUAUCUUUCUCGGGCCCAGUCGAGUGUGAAUCUUUGCAACGCCCGACAUACAUUAGCGUUAAUAGUUAGUGCUCCCGAUGGAGCGGACGUGUUACAUUGAAGCGCCUUUGCCUUUCUGUGUACAGUACAUAUAUGUGGAAGCUAGAGAUGCGACAGAACAAGACGCGGGAGGGAUUACAAAUAGGCUCGGUGCGCAGUCUCGCUCGCAUUCGCAAUGCAUUCAGUGGCAGCGAGAGAGAGACUUCUUGUGAUUCCACAACCGCCCCCGAGAGGAGAAAACACGCGGACGUACGUCUCCCCCCUCCCUCCCUCCCUCCUCCCCCUCCCCCCCACCGUGAGUAAACGUAUUGCUGCUCAAGACAAAUAAUGUUCAUUGUCAGUUGCUGAGCAAUUUGCCGUAGAAAUAAGAGGCUGUUUUUGAAAGAAAUUAUGAUUCAUUUUAUAGGCUUCUCGCCGCAAAUGAUUCCGGCCGUAACCCGGGACCGGCUGGAUUGUGUAAAUGCCUUAGUUUCUCGCGAGUGAGGCCCGGGUGAGGCAUCUGUCUCCAUGUCGCGGCUAGACGCUCCCUCCACCAUGACCCUCCACGGCUGAUCCCACGCUCACAAUCUAUGGCGAACAACAGCCAUGCCGGGCCCGAAGGCAGCGACAAUCUGAGCCACAGCGCGUCUCCUCUCGCCACCUUCAUCAUGCUCACCUCGCUAGGCUUCAUCAUUGGGGUCGGCGUCCUGGGCAACCUUCUCAUCUCCUUCCUCCUGGUCAAAGACAAGAGCCUACACCGGGCUCCCUACUACUUCUUGCUGGAUCUCUGCUCCUCCGACAUUAUCCGCUCGGCCGUCUGCUUCCCCUUUGUCUUCCUCUCGGUCAGGAACGGCUCGGCCUGGUCUUACGGGGCCUUAAGCUGCAAAGUGAUCGCAUUUGUUGGUGUCCUCUCGUGUUUCCACGCCGUCUUCAUGCUCUUCUGUGUGAGUGUCACCCGUUACAUUGCCAUCGCCCACCACCGCUUCUACUCCAAGCGCUUGACCUUCUGGACCUGCCUGGCCAUCAUCUGCAUGGUGUGGACCCUCUCGGUGGCCAUGGCUUUCCCGCCCGUCUUUGAUGUGGGGACCUACACCUUCAUCCGUGAGGAAGCGCAGUGUACCUUCGAGCACAGGUACUUCAAAGUGAACGACUCGCUGGGUUUCAUGCUCAUGUUCGUGGUCAUUGUCCUGGCCACUCACAUCGUCUAUCUCAAGUUGAUCUUCUUUGUGUAUGACCGGCGCAAGAUGAAGCCGGUGCAGCUGGUGCCAGCGGUCAGUCAGAACUGGACCUUCCACGGCCCCGGAGCCACCGGUCAAGCCGCUGCCAACUGGAUCGCCGGCUUUGGCCGCGGCCCCACCCCACCCACUCUGCUGGGAAUCAGACAGAACCCACAGGGCCAGACCACACGGAGGCGGCUGCUCGUCAUGGACGAGUUCAAGACGGAGAAAAGAAUUGGCAGGAUGUUCUACCUGAUCACCUUCUGCUUCGUGGCUCUAUGGUGCCCAUACCUGGUGGCAUGUUACUGGCGAGUCUUUGUCAAAGGUCCCGCCGUUCCCCGUGGCUACAUGACGGCCGCCGUGUGGAUGACUUUUGCCCAAGCCGGGGUCAAUCCGUUCAUCUGUAUCUUCUCCAACAGGGAGCUCAGGCGUUGUUUCAGCAACAACAUCCUUUACUGUCGAAAGUCCAGGUUACCGAGGGAACCUUACUGCGUUAUAUGAGCACCUGAGACUCAAAUGGACGGAAAUUUGUUUUACCCGAGUUUUAUCAAGCAACAUAAAACAGUAAUUGUCGGGGCCAGCGGCUCUGGCCUUGUGUUCUGGCGAGGGCGAGUUACAAAGAAUGACCAUAACCUUUGCAGAAUGUUCUUUAAUUUAUUUUCUCUAUCUCUGUGUUAAUGUUCAACGUAUUUCAAUACAGUUUACCUAAAGAAAAUAAUACUAUUAUCAUGUCAUCUGCACGUUAAUUUAUACCAAGUUUUGUUUUUGAAAUAACCAAUGCAAAAAUCAUCUAAUCUUAGAAUAUAUAUUGACUCAUUUUAUAUAUUUUUUAAAGAUGUUUACAUUCAUUGAGCAGACGAAACAUGUUUACAUUAUUUGACUUCAUUAAAAGUGACAAUAACUUCAUCAAUUGACUGGUGGGCAUGCAUGGCCGGGUAAAUGUUUGAAAAUGUACAAAUAAUUCCCUCAUCUCUUUAAAUCUACACUGAACCCAAACUUGUACAAGGUACAGGCACCCUGCCCAAGGCCUGUAAUUACAUUACAUAUAUUGUUAGACUGUGGUCUUGCCCACAGCAGAACAAGUUGGUUUCAAACUUUGCACAAUCUGUGAAAUAUUUAUUCUGUGGAUGCAUAUUGUUUACAAGAUUUUUUUCUUUCCAAUUGAUCAGUUCUGUUGUUUGUGUUUCACUGUGAUAUUGUUCUAUAACCAUUUUCUCUCACAAGGUGAUACAGCUUGUACCAUUUCCUUACUGUUGGGGUGGGGGGAGGGGUGGAAUGUGUGUGAAUUGAAGUAAAUCACAUCCAGCAAAAUCAUCAACACUUUGGAAAUAAAAUGUACAUCAUAUUAUACAGUUAUCAAUUCGCAGAAGUCCAACUGCUCUUUCUUGAAGAUAAUUGUUUUUGCAAAUAUGCGCAGAAUUUCAACAUUAUGAUUCUUUAUAAGUUUGAAAGAGUCAACAUCUGACAGAGUAAAUGAAUAAUUGAUGGAAACCACAAGAUUGAUUGAAGGCGUAACACCAAAGAAUUCCUGGGCACUUUAUUGUAAUUUUCAAAUGUGUAACAUACUUUGUACUUAUCCAGUAGAUGAAUAUAAAAUAAUUUAUCAAGGAAAAUUCAGAGAGAAAAUUGUGAAAUAGCUUAUGGAUGUUGUAUGUGUAACAGCAAUUGUGAAACUAAUGGAAUUAGUGUCACUUACAGAGCCAUAUAAUUAAUGAUCUUUUAAUGGAGAAUGUUUAGGUUUUUCUUUCUUUAUUUCAUCUAUCAGAUUGUCUGCUUCAUUUUGGUUUCUUAUUUUAAUUUACCUUUUUUACAUGUUCUUCUUUUUAACUUGCUUUGAAACAUUUUUCAUUCAUUUUCUCGUUUCUACUUUGUUCUGCAUGCAUGUAAACAUUUUAUAUGCCUUCAUAAUAUGUUUAAAUUCCUAUUUCGAUUUUAAAACCCUGCUUUGUGCACUAGUUUUACGCCUUUCCAUAAAACUAAUCAGUAAAAUUGGAUGCCUUUAUUCUUAAUGUCAUUUAUGUAACUAUUUUUCAGGAAACAUCAAGCUAUCACAGCUACUGAGGGCUCCAGUGAAUAACAAAAACUUCACCUACAAUAAAAAAAAAACACAAUACUAAAUGUAAUUCAAAUAAAUUGCCUUUAUAUCAAAUUUUCUUCAUUUUCCAGUCAAACUGGACAGUCUGGAUAUGGUCAUGCAGUAUAGAUUAUUUGUAUCACUAUGGUGGCAGAAUGGAAGAGGGGGAUAGUUCUGGUCUUGGCUGCAUCCUAGCUUGCUGGGUUCUGAGUUGCUUAUCUCAGGUAGGUUGCCACAGCACCAAAGAAGGAAAGGGGAAAUCUAAAACAGUAAUUAACAGCAGUGAGUGGUACCCAAGUCCUGACAAAGUCAUUGUCAGUAGCCAAUGUUAAUUACUAAAAUAUUUGAAACUUUAACUUUCUGAAAGCAGCUUUAAAAAAGAGCUUAGACAGCAAAGAAGCUGUGGAAACAUUUCCCUUGUUUUAAUGAAAUGCACUAUAGUCCAAAUGUCUGUUAGGCGAGUUGUUAAUUUACUGUCAGCAUUAUAAGUUAAGUAUCAUGCCCUUUCAGUGACCUGAGCACAUUGAUCCAAUUAGAUAUAGAUACACAAGUAUCUGUAGAUUGUUACAUUUUUUUGAAAAAGUUUGCUGGGGUUAGAGAAUAAUUGAAUGCUGGAAACACUUUUAUUGAAUUUAGCACAUGGGUAGUAAAAAGUCAUUUAACCAUAUAACCAUAUAACAUAUAACAAUUACAGCACGGAAACAGGCCAUCUCGGCCCUACAAGUCCGUGCCGAACAACUUUUUUCUCUUAGUCCCACCUGCCUGCACUCAUACCAUAACCCUUCUCAUCCAUAUGCCUAUCCAAUUUAUUUUUAAAUGAUACCAACGAACCUGCCUCCACCACUUCCACUGGAAGCUCAUUCCACACCGCUACCACUCUCUGAGUAAAGAAGUUCCCCCUCAUGUUACCCCUAAACUUCUGUCCCUUAAUUCUGAAGUCAUGUCCUCUUGUUUGAAUCUUCCCUAUUCUCAAAGGGAAAAGCUUGUCCACAUCAACUCUGUCUAUCCCUCUUUAACCCUUACUUAAUUCACAAGUAGCAACUUAACCUGCAUUUACAAUUUAAAGAUAGAACGCAAUGUUUUCUUUUUCAAUUAUGAGUUAAAUGUUGUUGGAUUUGAUUGCCAUACAAUUACUUUUCUUGUCUUGGACAAAGCCCAGGAAGCAGGCCUUGAUAUUUCACUGAUAAUGUGAAGGCAAAAAUGGCAGAUUAUAUGGAUGCUGCCUGUGGCCUGACAUACACUUUAUAUUUUAUGGUAUAUUGUGAUCACAAUUAAUUAUCAACAGUUAUGAAUUGUUCCUUCAUGAAAACAGUUUGUCACUGUAAUUCUUAGUCGACACCUUUCAAUCAUCACAACAUGACAAAUUACAUUGUUUUACUUUUUACUGUAAGGUGCUGGAGCGGAAAUUGCUGCUGAUAGAUCAUCUAAUGAAUACCAGGGCCACUGUGGCUGCAAAUGAAUAAUUCAGAAUGCAACCUUUAAACCCUGCUCAACAAAUAAUUUUUAAAUCCUUUGUUCAUGAUAUCAACAUGUGUUCUAAAAGUGCUGUAAAAUAUGAAGAUAUUUUAAUGUUUUUUACAUCUGUAUUUUAUGUUUUCUUUCAGGAAAAUAAAAAUAGAAAAUGCUGGAAAUAAUCAGCACGUGUGAAUGGUGUAAAAGAGAAUGUUUUUGAUAAAUUGUACUGUAACAAAACCAGGAAUAGUUAGAGAUACACAGGUUUUAAGAUGUGGAAAAGGGAGGAAACAGAGAGAAUUGGUUCUCCGCCCUUGGAUUCCUGUCUAUUCUUUCACUUGGUUCCAUUUGUGGUUUGUCUGUGAUCAGUUAUUUACCAAAACUUACCUCCACAGCUACAUCUCAUGUGUAAGGAUUAGAGGGAUAUGGAUCAUGUACAGGCAGAUGAGAUCAGUUUAACUUGGCAUUGUGUUCAGCAAAGACAUUAUGCACCAAAGAGCCUGUUCCUGUGUAGACAUCUACAAUAUAUUCAUUGUUUCUUACAUGUUGUUGUCCAAACCUCCUGAAGUGCAUGUUUCAUGCAUGGUCUUGGCAUCCCUUUGAUACACAUUGGCUCUCCCUUUCUCACAGCUGUCCUUAUCUGUCAUCUUGUGGCAAUGUGCUUUACCAAACAUCCUCUCCCUUGCUGCUCUCUACAUCAAGAGCCUGUGUAUCUGCAGCUGUUCUCGGUUGACAUUAAAGGUCAUUAAACUAAAACAUUCGCUAUUGUUUCUUUAAGAAAAAUAGUUCUCAUCAGAGGUUUGGCAGCUUUUAUAAUGUUUCGUUAAAACUGAGCUAUGCAAGUUCAUUAAUUUCUGCAAUGUGAUAAUAUUUUAGGGAAUUAUAAACAAAAACUAAAAAAUAAGCCAAAGUUUUUAAUUGUAUUGUUAUUGGAAAUGGCAAAGCCCAUCAGAGGGAUAAAGAUGAAUUAAACAUUGCUGGUGGAUCUGUCUCAAGCUGAAGCAUUGAAAUCCAACAUUCUGUGAAUUAUGAUAAUCAAAAUCUAUAAUUUUAAAUGACAAUUGCAGUUGGUUAAUAUUUAAUCUUUUCCCACUGUCCCCUUCAUUUGGGGAAGUACAUGCAAAAUCAAAAUAUCAAAGCUAUCAAUUUCCUCACAGAAGAAAUCUCAGUCCUUUUCUGCACAGCCAACUGAUUUGGCUAAAGAGCAUUCCCAUCAGCUUCAGCUGAUUGAACCAAAUUAGUUGGGUUGAAGAAAGGACUGACAUUUUUCCUCAGUACAGAAAGUGAUAACUUUGAUAUUAUGAUAUUGUAUCUAUUUAGAUAAUCGGGACUUAUCUAAUAUCAGACACUUCCAGCUUUAUUUCACUUUGCAUUCAAUGAAACAGUUAUAAACUAUAUCUUUGCAGGUUGACUCAUUCUGAGUCUCAUCUUCCCUUCACCUUGAAAUUGCAUUUCAGAAGUAACAAAACUUUACUAAGAUUUCAUUGUACACCAGUUGCUCGGGAAUAUUCCAAAAAUAUGAAAGAUGCUAUAAAAUGGAAAUUAAUUUCUUUCUAUUUUCAAUGAAAAACAUAAUUAUUUCAUGGUGGUAUCAUGCCACAUCUGUACAGGUAUCAUGCCACAUCUGUACAGGUACAGGUAUCAUGCCACAUCUGUACAGGUAUCAUGCCACAUCUGUACAGCUUUCAUGGUGGUACCAUGCCACAUCUGUACAGCUCUCUGUUACCAACACCAGUGGCAAUUUAUGCUCUUUUAGCUUAGGUCCAUGGUGCAUCAUUCCCUCUUCCUCCAUCAGAGCUCCUAACCACUGAAGUCAAUCCUCUUGAAAUAAGGCACUUUGAACAUUUGUUUCCCAUCUUUAAAUCUCCACGACAAUAUUUUUUAAGAUCUCAUUUUUCAUCAUUACUCAUAAUUCUUGGACUACCAUUCUUAACAGUAAUCACUCUCGAGUCAGAAAUGCCACUUACUUUGAUAUAAAUACAACCUGUAGCUUCCUUAAACAGCUACACUGAUUUCCCAGCAUAAGAGGUUCAGGUCAUGUUUACAGAACAUUAUUGAAAACAUAUAUGCAACACAAUAUUUUAUUGCUUAACCUUUUUGUUGCCCCAAUACUGAGAAUAUGCUUAAUUAUUCCCAAAACCUUAAAAUUAUAGGGUAGCCCCCUCUAUCCUGCCAACUGCCUUCAUCAUUUCCAACUCUUCGAACAGUCUGAUUUAAAGGCUAAAAUUGUUAAAUUACAAGAAAAGUUUGAAUAGUCUAAGGUUGUAUUUCAAUUAGUAUUAAGAAUUAAUCAGAUUCAGAUUCAAUUUUAAUUGUCAUUGUCAGUGUACAGUACAGAGACAAUGAAAUGCAUUAAUGGAGAUCUAAUUGAGGUAUUUAAGAUUAUUAAACAAGCUAAUAGUCGUAGUUCCCUUUCCACACCAUUUAUCUGAUGUUGGGAGUUCAAAAAGUUAGAAUUGUAUGGUUCAAGUGGCAGGACUUGAUACAUUGACAGUGGCAAUCCAGAGCUCCAAAAUGUGUUUGGGCUGGCAGUCAAUUGAAAAUAUCAAAACUGAUAUUGAUUCAUUUUUGUAAGGUAAAUAUAUUUAGUUAUGGACCCACAACAUUUUUGCUAUGAUACAGAUCAGAUAUAUUUCUAGUGCAUAGUGCAACAAAUGUGAUGGACUCAAUUGUAUACUUCUGACAUUAUGUUCUUCUGCCUCUUUAACUUGAAAUAGAUAAUAUGUUCACUUGGUCCUUCAUCGCAGUUCAUUUCUUUUGUUGGAGAUUCCACUUAAUUUACUCAUUUACACUUACUCUGCCUUUCAUCUACCAUUUUUACAUCCAUUAUAUGCUGUAUGUUACUAAAUGUGAACACGAUGCUGUGGUCCUGCCUUUUAGCUGAUUCUAUCAUGUAGUUUUCUGCUUUCCUCACUAAUCCUGUACACUGCCUAAACUGGUACUUUCUGCGAAAGCUUCUUAUUUCAUCCAGAGAUGAUGACAUGGUAAUAGAGUGAAUGUGUCCAUUUAGUUAAGAACUUGGAUGACAAGCCAAUAUAGUUAUUUUGCAGGUACACAAAAAUGCUGGAGAAACUCAGCGGGUGCAGCAGCAUCUAUGGAGCGAAGGAAAUAGGUGAUGUUUUGGGCCAAACCCCCUAUUUUGCAACUGUAGUUAUAAUAUGAAAGGAAAAAUGUAACUACUAUGCAACUAAUGGAUAUGAUACGUCUGUCUGUUUUGUUAAUAUUCAUGUGCCAUAGUUUGUGUUGAGUUAAAUCAAGUCAAGUCAAGUCAAGUCAAGUUUAUUUGUCACAUACACAUACGAGAUGUGCAGUGAAAUGAAAGUGGCAAUGCUCGCGGACUUUUGUGCAAAAGACAAACAACAAAACAACCAAACAAAUUAUAAACACAAUCAUAACACACAACCGAUAUUAAUAAAACUGAACUAUAGUUUGGAUGGAAUCAAAAAGUCAUUCCAUAUAUGCUUAACUGAUGUUAUUAUUGAUCUUACUCCAGGUCAGUAUCCACCUAUGUUGUUUACCAAAUUAAUCAAGCUAAAAUAUUGAUAACCAAAUAGUUAAGUGACUAAGGACUUUUGGCCAAGAUCAACUUGUAAGUCAAUUAUCGUGCUUUGAAUCAUGCAAGAUCUGAGUCUGGAUAAAGAAAUCUGUCAUUUAUUACAAUUAAUGGAUGAUGAUUAAUUUUAAUACAUCAAAUUAAUUUCAGGCCUAAUUAAUACAAAA